AUUUGAGAGAAAAAACUAUCAGAACACAUAAUGGGGUAACAGAUAAAUGACAAAGAAAGUAUUUUUAUUUCAUUUUCUUUAGACUUUAUUGGAAGCCAAGGAAACACGAUGCUGAAGAAAAACCACUCCGACGUGACUGAAUUUAUUCUCCUGGGCCUGACUGACCGAGCUGAGCUGCAGCCUAUACUUUUUGUGGUAUUCCUAGUGAUCUACCUUAUCACAGUAACAGGCAAUGUGAGCAUGAUUUUUUUAAUUAGAAGUGACUCAAAACUGCACACGCCAAUGUACUUUUUCCUCAGUCACCUCUCCUUUGUAGAUCUCUGUUAUGCCACCAAUGUCACUCCGCAAAUGCUGGUUAAUUUCUUAUCUGAGAGAAAAACUAUUUCUUUCAUUGGUUGCGUCAUACAAUUCCAUUUUUUCAUUGCCCUGGUCAUCACAGAUUAUUAUAUGCUUACAGUGAUGGCUUAUGACCGCUACAUGGCCAUCUGCAAACCCUUGUUAUAUGGUAGCAAAAUGUCCAAAUGUGCCUGCAACUCUCUGGUCGCUGCUCCUUACAUUUAUGGCUUUGCAAAUGGACUGGUACAGACUGUACUGAUGCUACGUCUGUCCUUCUGUGGACCCAAUGAGAUCAACCACUUUUACUGUGCAGACCCACCUCUCAUGGUCCUCGCCUGCUCAGAUACCUAUGUCAAAGAAACUGCCAUGUUUGUGGUGGCUGGAUCCAAACUCACCUGUUCUCUCACCAUCAUCCUCAUCUCCUAUAAUUUCAUUUUCACUGCCAUCCUGCGCAUCCGCUCUGCUGAGGGGAGACAUAAAGCCUUCUCCGCCUGUGGGUCCCAUCUCACGGCUGUCACCAUCUUUUAUGGGACUCUGUUCUGCAUGCACCUGAGACCCCCUUCUGAGGCAUCUGUAGAACAGGGGAAAAUUGUAGCUGUAUUUUAUAUCUUUGUGAGUCCUAUGCUAAACCCUUUGAUCUAUAGCCUGAGGAAUAAAGAUGUUAAAAGAGCAGUAAGGAAAGUUAUCCAAAAGAAAUUGUUUGUUAAAUAA